GCCAUUUAGAGCCGUAGCCCGUGGCACCACCACCAGGCACGAACCCUAGGAAAAUCUCCCCAGAAAUCCCCCACCCGAAUCAGGGCUGUAUCGUAGGGAGUAGUCGUCGCGAGAAUCGGACAGGCGCGGAUCGGGGAGGAGCCGAGCAAAUCAUCCGCGGGAGCGUAAGGAUUGGAGUCCGGGAUUCCGGAGCGGCGCGGUAAUCUAUCAGAGGUAGGCAUCUUAGAGUCGUAGGAAAGAGCAGAAGCCAGACCGGGACCGAACAACAGGAGAAGUUUCGCGCAUAGAUCCAGGAGAAGAGCAACAGGACUCAGGGCACCAAGAACAGGACAAGAGCAGGAUAACUAACUACAAGAUGCCUGAAGUGAGGACUGCUACUCGGCCGGCCCUCACCGACACCUCUGGUGGUGGGUUCUUUAUCAGGAAGGUGGCACCGCCAGGAGCUGUGCUGGUGAAGGGUGCUGUCAAGCCGCUGGCACGACAGGCCCGGACACCGUCAAGCAACAAGGAGAAUGUGCCACCAGUGGGGACUUUGAGGACUGCACCAAAGAGGAGGAGCCCCUUACCUAACUGGUACCCAAGGACCCCACUCCGUGACAUCACAUCAAUCGUCAAGGCUCUUGAGAGGAGAAGUCGCCUACAGGAUGCUGCAGCUCGGCAGCAUAUCCAGUGGACAGAAGAUUCUUCACCAUCUGUGGAUCCAAUAACUCCAGUACAAGCAGAAAGCAUGCCAACAACUGAGAAAGCUCAAGCUGUUGUGACCCCUACAACUUCUUUGGCCGAUGGCAAGCUGAAGGCCACUCCAUCUGGCUACUCCUUGCAGGCCACUCCAUCCAAACCAAAUGAUCCAGCUCUCUCCGAUCUCAUGGAGAAGAAACUGUCCAGCUCAAUAGAGCAGAUCGAGAAGAUGGUGAGGCGAAACCUGAAGAAAACUCCGAAGGCUGCUCAGCCUUCCAAGAGGGUCGUCCAGAGGCGCAUCCUGAUGUCCAUGCGAUGAGCUGAUGAUAAAGCUCUGUUCCGGAAUGGUUUCCUAUUGUCUGCAGCUUUCUUAGCGGCUAGUCAUAACCAAUUGGUCAGUUUCGCCUGAAGUGGGUAGGGGUUCCUAGUUCUCUGCUUGAGGACCUGGGGUACGGAGCUUACCUAGCUCUCUGCUUGAGGGCAUAUAAGAUUACGGUGACUGCAGUUCUUCUACGUUUAUAGCUUCAACUGUAUAUAGCCUCUACGUCUUUACUGUAACACAAUCACUGCUACGCAGUCAUUUUGUUUGUGAAAUUAGCAGAUCUUCUGUAUAAGCAACGAUUGAACCAAAUUACUUUGACAGAUCCUGUUCCCCAAGUAAAAAAACAUGGAUCAUUACUUUGACAGCUUGAAUGCUUUUA